AUGGGUUUUCGAUCCCUCUUCCACCGAAAGAAGAAACUUUUAAAGAAAACAACAUUAUCUUCCCCAACAACUGUAACCGAACACGUAACAUUUAUCUCUCGUACUCCAUCCCUCCAAUCACAUGCCAAUUUCAGGGAGGAUUUGGAGUACGUGUUUCGUAAAUUUGAUGUUAAUAGCGAUGGUAAAAUCUCUUCUUAUGAAUUAGGAUCCAUCAUGGGAAGCUUAGGGCAACCUACAACAGAAGAAGAACUCGAUAAUAUGAUCCGCGAGGUUGAUGCUGAUGGAGACGGUCACAUCAACCUCGAGGAGUUUAUCGAAUUAAACACAAAAGACAUUGAUUCCAAUGAGAUUUUAGAAAAUCUCAAAGAUGCUUUUUCUGUUUUUGAUAUUGAUAAAAAUGGUUCUAUAUCGGCCGAGGAAUUGCACAAUGUUAUGGUUAGCCUCGGAGAUCAAUGCUCCCUCAUUGAGUGUCAAAAGAUGAUAGGUGGUGUUGAUAGUGAUGGCAAUGGAAUGAUUGAAUUUGAAGAGUUUAAAAAAAUGAUGUUGGGCUCCACAUUCGGAUCUAUGGAAAGAAAUAAUAGGGAAACAUGA